AUGCAUGUUUUAGUGUUACUUCUUCUUAUAGUUGAAUGUUGGAGUUGGGGUAAUAUAAAUGUAGUAAUUGAUGACAAAGGAGGAUACAAUAUUACUAUUAGUCGUCGCGUUUGGCUUCGUUCAUCUCGUACAGCUAUAUACGUCGACAACAAAUGGUAUUCAUCCGAUGAUAAUACACUACCAUUAACUGGAAUAAGUUAUACAAGUGGUUUUGAUCCAAAUCUCGGUGAUUAUCGAGAUUUUCAAUUAAGCUAUGAUCUUGUUCGCGAUGGAAUACAUACGAAAAUCGUUGGUCACAUACGCGAUUGGUAUCGUGCUUUCGGAAUUUCGUUUCAUUUGGAUACUGGCGAUCGACCUUUGACGAAUACCGUCCCUCUUGACAUGGACCAUGUUCGCACAGUUUUUCCAUCGUUUCAUAUUGAACAAAUCGAUCAAAAUGAUCAACGAGGUUAUUUUACAUUCGAAGGAGGAAUAUCCGGUGAUGAUGGUAAACAUGCAGGUUGGUGGAAUUCAUCUAGUAAAGUCACUCGAUCAGGAAUACAAAGUGGUCCUGUUGUUCUUUUUAAUCUGACUCAACAAGGAGAAGGUGAUAUGUUAGUUCUUUCACCAUUUUCUCAAUUUAUGGCCACUUCAUUAAGUCAAACGUAUAGCAACAUAUUAGAAUUUGGUGUGAUGGGUUCAAUGUUAUCAAUACCAGCUAAUUAUACUCAUUCCAUGGUGGCUUUUUAUGCAUUAAAUGGUAUCAAUGAAGGAAUAAGAGAAUGGGGUCAAAUCAUGCAAAGUGAAUAUAAUCGAACGAAUCUACAUCGUCUAUCUGAUGUUACGAUCAAUUAUCUUGGAUAUUAUACCGAUAAUGGUGGUUAUUAUUAUUAUAAUACAGAAAAAGGAGUCAAUUAUGAAGAAACUAUGGUUAAUGUUCGUCAUCAAAUUUCACUUCCAUUCCAUUAUAUGCAACUUGAUUCAUGGUGGUAUUAUAAAGGUACGGGCGAUGGUGUUUCCCAAUGGACAGCUCGUCCAGAUAUUUUUCCUGAUGGUCUUCAAACUGUAUAUCGUCGAUUAGAAAAUAUUUCGCUCGCAGCACAUAAUCGCUAUUGGGCAUAUGAAACUAUUUAUAAACAAAAUUAUUCUUUUGUUCUUGAUGAAAGUAAUAAGAAAGCAUUACCAAUCGGAAAUGAUCCAUUUUGGAUUGAUUUAUUUACUCAAGCACAUGAUUGGGGUCUUAUUCUUUAUGAACAAGAUUGGCUUGAUCGUCAAACAAUUGAUUUUUUCCCAACACUGACUGAUAUUAAUCUCGGACAUCAAUGGCUAAUGUCAAUGGGUUCAGCAGCAGACAAAAUCGGACUAAAUAUACAGUAUUGUAUGAGUUUACCACGUCAUAUUCUCAGCGCAUUACAAAUUCCACGUGUAACUCAAGCACGAGCAUCAACUGAUUAUGCUUUUCAUCUUGAUGAUGUGUUCUGGUCCACCUCAUUACAACCUGGAUCUCCUUAUAAACCAAAUGCUGAAGAAGUACUUCCAGAACGAGAAAUACUUAUUGCGACUUUAUCCACAGGACCUGUCAGUCCUGGAGAUGCUAUUAAUUAUACCAAUACACAACAUAUCAUGAAAUGUUGUCGUGGAGAUGGUUUGAUUUUGAAGCCAGAUCAACCAUUGACCAUGAUUAAUAGAUUAGUAUCGGACUGGGCUUUUUAUGAGGGGGUCUCACAGGGUGAACUUUAUUCAACAAGAACUAAUAUAAAUGGUCAAGUAUUCUAUACCAUCUUUGCGUCUGCGAUGAACAAAGAUUAUUUAGUUUAUCCUUCUAUGAUUGGGGCUCAACCAGGAGUGAUCUGGUCGUAUGAUAAUCCAACAGCAGUAUCAACUUUUGAUGAUGAUCAUCCUCUAAAUGUUUCAGCUACUAAAUGUCAUGAUUUAUCAAUAUGUCUUUGGUAUGUAUCACCUUUGAUCAAAUUCAGUAGUUCAACAAAAUAUGCUCUGCUUGGUGAAUGGAAUAAAUGGACAGCUAUGAGCUCUCAACGGGUUAUAGGCAUAAACAAUUAUAUCGGAAUCAAUCUAGCACUGAUAACUGUCUAUGGUUUAGUUAGUGAAGUCAUUCCAAUCCUGGUUUUUCAUUCUACCUUAUCAAUCGUCAAUGUAACUUGUCGAAUGCAUCCUGAUGAGGGUGAAGCUCAACUUGUUGUUGCAGAUGAUAGGGUCGGUUGCUAUUAA